GUGGCCCCAACCAGAUCAAUAUCAACAUCUCCCCAACGGGAAUCCACCCAAAUGGCUCCCUCUUUGUGGUCCGGGGCUCCCAGGUGACCUUCAACUGCAGCAGCAGCUCCCACCCUCCACACACGGUGGAGUGGUUCUUCCAGCCUCCAGGGGCCAGCAAUGAGUCCUUUGGACCCAACAAUGAGACUGUCAGCUAUUUCGUGCUCCACAACAUAUCGCCCACAUAUCAGGGGAAUUAUACGUGUGUGGCCAAGGAUAUGCUCAGCAAAAGGGCUCACAGAGUGACCUCUGAGAUCCUGGUGUAUUAUCCUCCUCAGUCAGCCCUACAUUGCCGGGCAGAGACGGCUCCUGAGGGGUUCAUGCUACAACUCAUGUGCCAGUGGACUGGAGGAUAUCCAGAUCCCGUCUUCCUGUGGACCGAAGAGCCAGGGGGCUUGAUCUUGGGCAAUUCAAGCCUGGGUGUGGAGAGACUCAAUCGGUCCCAGUUGUCUGAUGGCAAGAAGUUCAAGUGUCUUGGAAAUCAUAUCGUGGAGCCAGGGAUGAUGGGAGCCAGCUGCACGGUCCAGAUAAAUGGUCCCAUGCUGCAGUCCGAGCCAAUGAAGACCUGCUUCUUGGGAGGCAACGUGACUCUCACCUGCGAGGUGUCUGGAGCCAACCCCCCGGCCAAGAUCUCCUGGCUUCGGAACCUCACCCAGCCCGGGGAAGAGAUCCUGCCCAGCUCCCGUUACCUGAUUACACACGAGGGUCCCGUGUCCACCCUCACCAUCCUCAACUGCUCCCAGGGUGUGGAUGAAGGCUACUAUGUCUGCAGGGCAGAGAACCUGGUGCACGUGAGGGAGCUGGACAUCUGGCUCGCUGUGAAAAAACCUUUGAACAUUGGAGGCAUCGUGGGAGUACUCGUGAUCUUGCUUCUGUUGGUAGUGGGCAUAAUCUCAGGUUCUAUAUUGUACUACAGUCCAAAUAUCUGCCUGAAAG